AUGUUUUCCCUUCUAUUUCUACUUCUUCUAUGUCUAAUUUUUCCUUUGCUAAUAUUCUUCCACAGACAUGGAACCACUAAAAAUCUUCCACCUGGUCCUAAAGGCCUUCCCAUAAUAGGAAAUCUUCAUCAACUAGACAUUUCUAAACUUUAUCUUCAAUUAUCAGAAUUCUCAAAAAUAUAUGGUCCUAUAUUUUCACUUCAACUUGGUUUUAGACAAGCUAUUGUUGUUUCUUCAGGUGAAAUUGCAAAAGAAGUAUUGAAAAACAAGGGUGAUGUGUUUUCUAAUAGACCUAUGUUAUAUAGUCAACAAAAGUUAACUUAUAAUGGGUCAGAAAUGGUGUUUGCUCCUUAUGGUGAAGUUUGGAGAGAACUAAGAAAAAUUUGUGUUUUUCAUAUUUUUAGUUCCAAACGUGUAUCAUAUUAUUCUUGUAUAAGAAAGAUUGAGGUGAAGAAAAUGAUCAAGAAAAUUUCCGAGCAUGCUAGUUGUUCAAGUAAUAUAAAUUUGAGUGAGUUAUUGAUUUCACUCUCAAGUACUAUAAUAUGUAGAAUUGCUUUUGGGAAAAGCUAUGAGGAUGAAGGACAUGAGAGAAGUAGGUUUCAUGGAUUGUUGCAUGAAUUUCAAGCUUUGUUAGCAGAAUUCUUUGUUGCUGAUUAUAUUCCAUACAUGGGUUGGAUUGAUAAAGUGAGGGGAUUGCAUGGUCGAGUUGAUAGAUGUUUCAAUGAAUUUGAUGAAUUUUAUCAAGAGAUUAUUGAUCAACAUUUGGAUCCAAAUAGAGAGCAUGGAGAUGAAGAUGUUAUUGUUGAUGUGUUACUCAAAUUGAAGAAACAAAAUGUGUCUUCAAUUGAUCUCACUUUUGAUCACAUCAAAGGAGUCCUUGUGGACAUGCUUGUAGCCGCAACAGAUACCACAUCAGCCACAUCUGUUUGGACUUUAACUGCCCUAAUAAAAAAUCCAAGAGUAAUGAAUAAAUUACAAGAGGAAAUUAGAAGUAUUGGAGUGAUAAAAGAGACAUUAAGAUUGUACUUACCAGCUCCACUUCUUGUACCAAGAGAAUCAAGUGAAAAUUGCACUAUUAAUGGCUAUAACAUUCCAGCCAACACAAUAUUAUAUGUGAAUGCUUGGGCUAUUCAGAGAGACUCUGAUAUUUGGAAAAAUUCAGAAGAGUUUUAUCCCGAAAGAUUCUUAGAAAAUUCUAUAAGUUUUCUUGGACAGAAUUUUGAACUAAUUCCCUUUGGAGCUGGUCAUAGAAUUUGCCCUGGUUUGUCUAUGGCUGUUGCUUCAAUAGAACUUAUCCUUGCAAAUCUUCUAUAUUCAUUUGAUUGGAAAUUGCCACACGGGUUGGUAAAAGAAGAUAUUGAUACUGAAAUGUUGACAGGAAUCACUCAACACAAGAAAAAUCCUCUUUACCUAGUUGCCAAGAGCUCAAUGUAG